ACUUAUAAUUAUAAUACAAAUACGCAACUUGAAUGCUACAGAUAUGAUUGUAUUAUAGUUUAUUCACAUAUGUAGAAUAGUUGAGUGAUCGAGGGUGAACGUAGUGACCAUUAUUUUUCUUCAAUUCAACGUUUCUACUCGGCUUUUGUUGUUUCUCCUAUUUUGUUUGUCCAAACCCUCAUAUUUCCUUAGUUUUCUCUUUAUAAAAUGAUCAGCUCAUAUAUCAUAGAGAAUUUCCAAUAAAAAGUUGAUAUUUUUAUCAAUAUGAAAUUUUCAUGAUCUGGGUUUUGAGAUUUUGGAUCUGAUUUGUUUUAUAUUGAUAUAAAGUUAGAGUUUGGCAAGUGGGUCUUCGUGAAAGAAGGGAUUUGGUAGAUUCUGACCUGGGACGAGUCAUUUUUUUUUUUCGUUCUUUGUUGAUUGAAGGGAAGUGAGAGAGUGAAAGAUGAGGGAAAAGGUUGGGUUAUUAGUGUGCUUAUGGUUUCUUCUAUAUGGAUCUUGUUUGGGAAGAUUUGUUGUUGAAAAGAACAGCUUGAGGGUGACAUCACCAGGCUCACUGAAAGAUGUGUAUGAAUGUGCAAUUGGGAAUUUUGGGGUGCCACAGUAUGGAGGGACCAUGGUUGGUACAGUCCUCUACCCAAAAGCUAAUCAGAAGGCGUGCAAGAGUUUUGAAGAUGUUGAAAUUUCCUUCAAGAUUAAGCCUGGAGGCAUGCCCAUAUUUGUUCUAGCUGAUCGAGGGGAUUGCUACUUCACAUUGAAGGCAUGGAAUGCUCAGAAUGCUGGAGCAGCCGCUAUUCUUGUUGCAGAUGACAGGGUUGAGCCUCUUAUUACUAUGGAUACCCCUGAGGAGGAGAAUGCACGAGCAGAUUAUCUACAAAACAUAACUAUUCCAUCAGCACUUAUUAGCAAGGCUCUAGGGGACAACAUCAAAAAAGAGUUGUCUAAUGGACAAAUGGUCAAUAUAAAUCUUGACUGGAGAGAGGCUCUUCCACAUCCUGAUGAGCGGGUUGAGUACGAGUUCUGGACAAAUAGUAAUGACGAGUGUGGCCCCAAAUGCGAAAGCCAGAUACAGUUUGUCAAAAAUUUCAAAGGAGCAGCCCAGAUACUUGAGCGGAAAGGCUAUACCCAGUUCACUCCACAUUAUAUAACUUGGUAUUGUCCUGAUGCUUUUAUUUUGAGCAAACAGUGCAAGUCGCAGUGUAUAAACCAUGGGAGAUAUUGUGCUCCGGAUCCUGAGCAGGAUUUCAGUAAGGGAUAUGAUGGGAAGGAUGUGGUGGUGCAAAAUCUACGCCAAGUUUGCUUUUUUAAGAUAGCCAAUGAAAGUGGAAAACCAUGGCUUUGGUGGGAUUAUGUGACUGAUUUUGCUAUCCGUUGUCCAAUGAAAGAGAAGAAGUACACUAAAGAUUGUGCCAAUGACGUAAUCCGUUCACUUGGUCUCGAUGUUAACAAGAUAGACAAAUGCAUAGGAGACACUGAGGCGGAUACAGACAACCCAGUUCUAAAAGCUGAACAGGAAUCACAGAUGGGGAAGGGUUCUCGUGGAGAUGUGACGAUCUUGCCUACCCUUGUUAUAAACAGCAGGCAGUACAGAGGCAAGCUGGACAAAGGAGCAGUUCUCAAGGCCAUAUGUUCAGGUUUUGAGGAGGCCACGGAGCCAGCUAUUUGUUUGACUGAAGAUAUAGAAACCAAUGAGUGUAAGGAAAAUAAUGGGGGAUGCUGGCAGGAUAAGGCUGCCAAUAUUACAGCGUGCAGGGAUACGUUCCGUGGGAGAUUGUGUGAAUGCCCAGUUGUGCAGGGGGUGAAAUUUGUUGGUGAUGGUUAUACUCAUUGUGAAGCUUCUGGCGUAUUAAGAUGUGAAAUAAAUUAUGGAGGCUGUUGGAGAGGAACCCAGGAUGGAAGGACAUAUUCUGCAUGCAUUGAUGACCAUACUAAAGGUUGCAAGUGCCCUCCAGGAUUCAAGGGUGAUGGAGUUAAAAAUUGUGAAGAUAUUGACGAGUGUAAGGAAAAACUGGCAUGCCAAUGUCCAGAGUGCAAAUGCAAGAAUACGUGGGGCAGUUAUGAAUGCAGUUGCAGUGGCAACUUAUUGUACAUGCAUGAACAUGACACGUGUAUAAGUAAGGAUGCUAAUACGGAAUUCAGCUGGGGCUUUGUUUGGGCAAUCAUUCUCGGCCUGGCUGUUGCGGGAGUAUCGGGUUAUGCUCUGUACAAGUACAGGAUCAGGAGAUACAUGGACUCGGAGAUUCGGGCUAUCAUGGCACAGUAUAUGCCAUUGGAUAAUCAAGGAGAGGUACCUCAACAUAUGCCUCAUAGCAAUAUCUGAUAAUAGGGAAUGGUAGUUUGUUGGUUAAGAUGGCAUUUGGAGAAAGAAAAUUUAUACACACCGCACUGCCAGCGUUUAUUUGGUUAAGGCUGAUGUUUUCUGACCAGAUGUCAAGCAUGGAACAUUUUCAUAUUUCAAUUUCUUUCACAUGGUAAUCUAGGUUAUAAUUUAUGUAUUUGUAAAUUGUGACAGAUGUUUAUAGACUCCGUGUUUUGGGAAAUUUUCCUUGGAUGUGAUGUGUAUUAUGAUAUAUUAAAUUAUUGUUUUGUGUUUCAAA